GCUACUCUGGGGUUGAGGUCUGAAUUAUAGCAACUAGGAGAGAAAUCAAUGUCUUGGCCAUUAGGACACAGAAUGUUCUUGGUGAGAAGGGCCAGCAGAUCUGGGAAUUGACCACUGAGUUCAGAAGAGGUCUGAUUUGCGGGGUGCAGGGUAGAACUUUAAAUUGAAAAGGCGACCACAAGAGGUUUGUGUGCUAUUACUAGGACAGAGUCUCUCUGAUACAGACUCCUAGGAGGACUUGCUGUGCAGAGGGCCUGCUAUAAUGUAUGGCAGUUCAUCAUGAAGAGUGGAGCCAAAAGCUGUGAGAUCUUGGUGUCUGAGAAAGUGCAAGGACAGAGGGCUAAAUUUAUGAUGUUUGUAGAUAGCCUGAUGAUUCACAGUGGGAACCCUAACCACUAUGUUGAUACUGUUGACCAUGUGCUCCUCAGAUAAGAUGUGCUAGGCAUCAAAGUGAAGAUCAUGCUUUCCAGGCACCCAAGUACUAAGAUUGGCUCUAAGAAGCCCAUGCUUGAUCAUGUGAGGGUUGUGGAACCCAAAUAUGCGAUAUUGCCUACCACCCCCAUGUUGGAACAGAAGGAUGGGAAUCUAGAGCAUCCUGCUAUGCUGUGCUGCUGCCAGUACCCACAGGAUAACAGGGUGUCCUUGGGAGCUGGAUCUGGAGUCUGGAUUUUGCUCUUUUUAACGGAGGAAAUUAACUCCCCAGAGCUGCCGGGGCCUAAGGGAGCCUCUGGCAGGGAGGGGAGCGCCGUGGGAAGGGGCGCGAGCAGCCGGGGCCGGUUCGGCAAGGACUAG